AUUUCUCCAUGAUGACUCGUGCCCAUUUUGAUGAUCUUGCUAGUUCUCAUUCGGUGUCAGUCAAGGCUUCUGAUACGCGGGAUUAUGUUCGCGAUUUACUUCGUGUCCAUUUGUGUACUGUGCAAUGUGGCGGACUAUACUUUGUCUUCAAGCAUUUGCUUCAUGCAAGGCGUCGAUUUGCUCCUGAAGAUCUCCCUGAGCCUUUCACCCAGUCAAGCAAGCAGACACGUGCUCGCACCAAGGCUUCUUCCCUGGCUACCAUGCCUGACAUACGACGUCUCGCUACUCGUGAACAGGAUCUUGCCGCGCAUCGUCGUUCACGUGUUACUCAUGUCGCUGCUGAAGAUGACUUGCAGUUUCCAUUGGUUUGUACGAUGGCCGAUAAGAUGCGCAUUAUUGCCGAAUGGCAAGAGCGGAUGUUGCCUGCUAACCAGCAAAGAGGCGCGUGUGCUCACCAACCCAUUAAUUCCUUGGCUAACUUCCAGUAUUAUGGCCAUGAGUGUUUGCCAGAUGCUGUUCGUGAUGCACUUCACAGUGCUUCCUUAUACGAUCUUAUGUUGAUCUCUCGUGCGCGCGCGUCCCAAGUGACACACUUUUACUCAUAUAAACCUAAUUCCGGUGGUUACUGGCAGAGCGAAGAGUCUUCACAGUGUUACAACCAGGGAAAUGUCGCCAUUCGUCCUCAGGACUCGCCUCAAUUGCGCUCUUUCCUUCCGCCUACAUACAAUGAAAUUCGGGACACUGUCUGUGUUGUUUUUACAGGCCACAAUCAGGUACCGACACGAGAUACUGUUAAAACAAUGGCAGCAGUUCUUGUCACGAAAAGUAUUGUCCAGACGCUUAUUGAAUUUUUGAUUGCUCACAAUCCUUGGUAUCAGCAAAGUGGUGUUUCCUUUAGUCCGUCUAAUAUGGCCGAUCUAUUUGAUGCUGUUGAUGACAGCAAUGACAGUAGCAUCCUAUGUGCUCUCGAGAUAUGUCACCUACCAGGAGCAGGACCGUCGAAUUCUUCUGAGUCUCACGCAUCCCGAAAUGUGAGUACUCCGGAUUGUGCAGCAGAUGGAGAUAUUGUCCUUGAAGCAGUCGGUUACACUAAGGGUGACCAUUCCAUGGGUAGUAGACAAGCGAUAAAAUUGAAUGCUUUGGCAUCCAUAUUGGAUCACAACCGCUUUCUGGUGUCCCGUACUGGCUCGAGAUUUGUUGGUGACAGUGAUCCUGGUUUGAUGUCCUUUUUGUUCCCUCAUCUAGACCCAUGGGGAAUCGGAGGAUUUUACCAUCUGGCUCGUUCCCACAAGCAGUUUAUCUCAAUGGAAGUACAGGUUAAAAACCUUUUGAGUCAAGACGAUUCUCCAUUCCGGGGCGAUGCCAACUUCGCAUUUGUUUGCUUUAAUAUGUUACAGAAACGGGAAGUUAGCUUGAAUUCAUCGUUCCACAUCAGUAAAUCGGCUCAUCGGACGUUGUCUGUGGAUUUGCAGGUUGUUGCUCCUUUACUAACUGAUCUAGCUGAAAAAUGGACUCAGACGUCCUUUCCAAAAACAUCCAAUGCUGAGGAGAAGCGGGCACUCAAAGUCCUUCGAUGA